AUGUAUCGUACAUUACUGUUUAUUGUCAGUUUCUUUACUUUUUCGUUAAUUAAUUUAUCAAUCCAAGAUGUUGAACAUUUGAGAUCCAAGAAAUUAUCCAUUGAAUAUUCACUUGAACAAAAUAGAAAUCAAACUAAACAGGAUGUGAAAUAUGCAAUAGACGCUUUAGAUGAAAUUGAGACAUUACAAAAUGAAUUCAAUAAAGGAAUAUCUGGUAAUAACAAAUCAAUUAAUAACUAUAUAGAAUGUUGUAGAAUAAAAGCGGAAGCAUUUUUUGGUGCUUCAUUAAUGACAAGAGUAAUAAUACCGGAAAGUUCGAAAUUAAUCGACUGUUACAAUGAACAACAGUCAAUAUACAAACAAAUACGUUCUAAAUAUGCGAAGGAUGCAUGCAUUGGACAUAGUACAUAUCCUAGAAAAGUUACAUAUGAAUUUCAAUUAAACAUUGCCAAUGAAAUUACUAAACGUUUAUCAAAAUACGAAAAAUUGAUAAUGAAAAAAGAUGAUAUUGAGUUCAACUUCCAAAAUUCAGAACGUAUGCCUUAG